AUGACCGUUAUCAACCUGCCCCAACCUUCUGGGCAUAAGCCGGCCCCGGCGACCUACCACGCGCCUCUGGUUCACUUCCCUCCGUACAACCCGGAGCUCGACUUUGACUUUGAUGACGAUGAAGAGGACGAUGCCGAGGACCUGUCCAGCCCGCCCGCCUCGAAGCCGAGGUCGCAGCCGAUCUCCAUCACGAUCGUUCCCUCGAUGCAGCCGAAGCGCACUCGAUCCCGAACCCGCGCGACGCAAAGUCUGCCCUCCAGCCCACGACCUGCCUCUGGGUUCGCUGUGAUGCAGCGGCGGGAAACUACCUCUGCGGGACGCCCCUCUAUGCACCACCGCGGUACCUCUGUCUCCUCGUCAAGCUCUGCGUCAAGCCCUGAGCUUUCCACGGCCUCUGUCUCGCCAUCGUCACUACCCAAGGCUAGCUACUUCUACCCGCUGCAUGGACGCUUUCCUCAGCAGCCAGUUCAGCGCAAGCCUUCGUACGCCAAGGCUUGA